AUGGCUAAAUUAUGGUACAAGGUUGCAGAGAUCUGUCGAAGAGGCAGAGGUCUAAGAGCCAGUAUAUUCGUGUCACAGCUUUAUUCAGGACACAAUGAUGCGCGUGUCACCCGAUUUCUGACACACCUGAGGGAGAAAUCCCCACUCCUAGUCUUAGCAGCAGACUUGCAACCAAAGGUGAUGGCCGAGCAUCCCCGAGGCAGUUGGGUCGGCACAUUUGACAUCCGGAUGCAGGCUAUCAAGUUCAGAGAAGACCGAGUCAGAUUUACCACCUUGAAGUACGCCACAAUGCACCAAGCCGCGCAGUCAUAUCAGCAACGACCGCACGACCAAGCGGCUCGAGAUGCAUGGAUCCGAGCAACAGAUGAAUAUUGUGUCUCAGCAGUCUUGAUCCUUAUUGCGGGGACGCACGAGGUUGGUGGCCACUUGGCGAUCACAUAUUACGGCAAUGGAGAUGCCCAAACACCGCCUCACAUGCGCUCUUCAUCCAGCCGACUUAACCAGGACGACGACGACGACGACGACGACGAUGAAGAUGACGACGACGACGAUGACGACGACGAAGACGAUAGUGGAAGCGAGGGUGCAGGUGAAUCGGGAGAAAUUUUCGAGCAAGAGGUGUUCGGAGGUCUGGUUGAUUACUUUCAAGACAAUGGCUACCCUUCUCUUCCCGUGAGCCACUUUUGGACGCUGUUCUUGAGGGUUCCGUGCUGA